AUGGUGUACGCCAACAUGGUAGCAGAGCCGACGAUGGGCGGCAAAAUCUCACAGCCCAGUGCGCUGGAACCGCUAUCCCGGACAUACCAGUACCGUAAAGUGAUGAAGCCGAUGCUGGAACGCAAGCGUCGUGCCCGGAUCAACCGUUGCCUGGACGAGCUGAAGGAGCUGAUGGUUUGCGCUCUGCAGUCCGAGGGCGAAAACGUCUCGAAGCUGGAAAAAGCCGACAUCCUGGAACUUACCGUGCGCCACUUUCACAAACUGCGCCGACAGAACCGCCUAACCGUCAAUCCAGUCAUCGAUGCCGACCGGUUCCGUGCCGGAUUUACCCAUGCCGCCAAUGAAGUGUCCCGCUGCUUAGCUUCCACGCCCGGAGUCGACAUCAAGCUCGGCACAAAGCUGAUGACCCACCUCGGACACCGACUGAACGAUAUGGACAAAGUGUCGCCCCUGUCCGUGCACGUCGAACAGAACCUGCAGAGCCCGCCAGUUUCGCCGUUCUCGACCAGCUCGUCCUCCGCCGUCGAUAUGCAAUCCUACCAGAUGCCACUGACCCCGCAAUCGUUCCGUUCCGGCAGCGGCAACUCCAACAGCCCGUCGCCCAACCCCAGCGAGUGUUCGAAUGGUUCCGCCGCCGAUCAAUCCACUUCCGGCCUGCUCAAAAUCCAGGAAUCCGUGUGGCGGCCGUGGUAG